AUGUUUGGAGAAAUGAGAGCAGCUCUGGGCAUCGACAAGUCCACCGACAUCCUCGACCACAUCUACGCGCUCCCAUCCGCGGAGCAGGACCCCGCCUUCGAGAAGAUCCGCGCCAUCGAGCGGCGGGCCAUGGACUCGCAGAAGCCGCAGGCGGGGCUGGUCGAGCUGAUGGACUACCUCGACAGCCGCGGCGUCCCCAAAGGCAUCUGCACCAGGAACUUUGACACCCCCGUAACCCACCUCCUCACCCGCUUCCUCGCCGGCCACCGCUUCCACCCCAUCGUCACGCGCGACUUCCGGCCGCCCAAGCCGGACCCGGCCGGCAUCCUGCACAUCGCCGGGGCGUGGGGACUCCUCGAGAAUAACGCCGCCGACGGCGUCAUCAUGGUCGGCGACAGCCUCGACGACAUGACGGCGGGCCGCCGCGCGGGCGCGGCGACGGUGCUGCUGGUCGGCGAGCACAACGCGCACUUGGCGAGGCACGAGCACACGGAUUUGUGCGUCGGACGGCUGGAUGACCUCAUUGGUGUCCUGGAGAACGGCUUCGUUGGGCAGAUUGGGCAAGGGGAUGAGGAGCCGGAUACGAGAGCGCAGGCGGAGCAGGCGUUGAAGGGGUAG